AUGUCGAACGAGUACGCCUUCCGCAAGAUCGACAUUGACGCGCUCGACGAGGACGCCCUCCUCCCGUCGGACCUCGUCGACCCCGACCCGCGCGGGCCCGACGGCGCCCUCAGCGACGCUCGCGCGCGUUCGACAGAGACCCGCAACCUCGUGUCCAAGGGCGACAUUGCCGGCGCCCUCACCACCAUCCUCACUGACCCUCCUUACGGCGACGGCGUGGACGAGGCCAAGAACCUCACCACCUCGGCCGUGCUCUUGAUCCUCAACUCGACGCGCGCAAACGACAUUCCCAACGUCAUCAAGGGCCUGGACCAGGAGCAGCAGGCGCACCUCAUGGCGUACCUGUACAAGAACAUGUCGGCUCUCGGCAGCGGCGCUGACAUUCCGGGCUCUGUGCUCCUUACAUGGCACGAGAAGCUCACCGAGGCGGCCGGUGUCGGCUGCAUCGUGCGCGUCAUGACCGACCGUCGUACACUGUAG